AUGACAGAGCCCAACCAGCAGAAUGGCUCUAUCAGCUCUACCAACUCAGGAGGAACAGCAGGAGGCUUUCUCUCCAAAAUCACCAGAUCUCCUUCUCGCCGCCAUAAACCUCUAGGAUCCAACGACUCCAUUGAUGCGACCCUUUCUGCUGCUGCAGGCUCACCACCACCCCGUCCUCGACCUGGUAGAAUCGGGUACCAGAGAACCACCACCGCCCCCGCGGCCCCUGUCACGUUAAACGCCAUCAAGGCCGACCUUGUCGCACGAACCAAUAGCGAUAUUAGUGGCCUCACGACCGCUGACAAUAUGAUCCCGCUUCCUUCACAUCUCCUCUCCGAUAAACCCAAUGCACGAACGCCGCUCCACAAAGUUCCCAGUAACGGAGGUGGAGGGACCAGCAAUCAGAAGACAGCUAACAACAGUACUUCUGCUGUGCCUGCGGAUAUGGAUGUGCCAUCUGCCCUAGCCCUCAAUGGAAUGUUGUUGAGUACUUCGGGGCCGGCAAUAUCCAACAGCGCCAGCACGGCCACUCUCUACGCACACAUACAAGAGAUGACAAACAAAAGAAUAGCUACGCUGGACUAUUUGCGUAAAGCACACGAAGGACGGUCUUUCUGGUUCAACACUGUCCAAUUCAACGAGACGGACAUUGGCAAAUUGCCCUCUUAUACUCCCAACCGACUCUCGCGACGGGCUGUAAACUAUAUGCUCCUGGGCAUGUCAUUACCCACCAUCCUGGAUGUUCAUCCUCAAUCCCAUGCUCAAAGUACAGCUACGUCCAGCGCAGCCGUGGCUCAAGAUUAUUUAAAAAGUUUAAACACCCUUCUCUCCGAGUUUGAAUCGUUUCAACAGCUGCAUCCUCCAGAUGGAAGUUCGGCAAGUUCACUGAGUCGAGCCCGGAUACCUCAGAUGUUCAAGAGAGCAGCCACAACGUCCCGACCCCGAAAGUCAAGUGGUCCAGUUGCAGAAAUUGGACUUCCCAUGUUUCCGCAUACAUCAUCACCGCCCAAUCUACCUGAGACUGGACAUCAUGGCUCUCAACCAUCCAUAGAUACCACGACUAGUGGUAGUACGCUUGCUUCAUCGGCACCUACCCUAGUGACACCGUCUCCGUCGGCUCCUUUACAAACUGCCAACUUUCCCAGCGCAUCAGCUUUCCCCCCUCCGGCACCAUUUGAUGCGCCAAACUCGACCUUGUUGCCGAAUGAGGGCCCGUACACUCAUCUCCAAACUCCACCCUUGCCUUUCACACCCGACUUUUUCACCGUGUUUGCUACUCUGUGCGACGUGUUGAUAGACACAUAUCAAAGAUUAUUGCAAAUAUUGACGGGUCCACCCGCGUGUACUCCGGUGAUAAGUGAUCUAUUCACCAAAGUGGACGGACGAAUACGGAAAGUGAUGAUAUCGGCGAUAGUACGAGAGUUUGAAAAUGCGUCACGAGAAACUGUCAAGAGGGAGAUGCUGGGCGUGCAGAAGGCUGUCCUGGGAGGACUAAUGGCAUGA